CGAGCUGGGAGGGGAGUUGCCGCCCUCGGCAUAAACAGGCGGGCGUGGGUGCGCAUGGGGCGUGCGGGGCGCUCGGGCUGCGGGCAGUGAGCUGUGCUCGCGGAGCAGCGGCCUGGGAGCAGCGGCCGGGAGCAGCUGGCCUUGGCGCAGGAGGGGAGGCCUGCUGGGCGCAGGGUCCAUCAUGGCCAGUGGCAGCUGUCAGGGGUGCGAGGAGGAGGACGAGGAAACUUUGAAGAAGUUGAUAGUCAGGCUGAACAAUCUCCAGGAAGGAAAGCAGAUAGAGACGCUGGUCCAAAUUCUGGAGGAUAUGCAGGUGUUCACCUACGCUGACCACGCCGCCAAGUUAUUUCAAGGCAAAAAUGUCCACGUGCCUCUGUUGAUCGUCUUGGACUCCUAUGUGAGAGUGGCCUGCGUGCAGCAGGUGGGUUGGUCACUUCUAUGCAAAUUAAUAGAAAUCUGUCCAGAUAUAAUGCAAAGCUUAACGGGACCCCAGGACAUUGGAUGCGAUUGGGAAGUCCUUGGUAUUCACCAGCUGAUUAUUAAAAUGCUUACAGUUCAUAAUGCCAGUAUGAACCUGUCAAUGGUUGGACUGAAGGCCUUAGAUCUCCUUCUAACUUCAGGUAAAAUCACUUUGCUGAUAUUGGAUGAAGACAGCGAUAUUUUCUUAUUAAUUUUUGAUGCCAUGAAAAAGUUUUCAGCCAAUGACGAGGUCCAGAAACUUGGAUGCAAAGCUUUACAUGUGCUAUUUGAGAGAGUUUCAGAGGAGCAACUGACUGAAUUUGUCGAGAAUAAAGAUUAUAUGAUAUUGCUAACUGCGUUAAAAAACUUUAAAGAUGAGGAGGAAAUUGUGCUUUACGUACUGCGCUGUUUACAUUCCCUAGCAAGUCCUUGCAACAAUGUUGAAGUCCUCAUGAGUGGCAACGUCAGGUGUUACAACAUUGUGGUAGAAGCCAUGAAAGCAUUCCCUGUCCAUGAAAAAAUUCAAGAAGUGAGUUGCUGCUUGCUCCAUAGACUUACGUUAGGUAAUUUUUUUAAUAUCCUGGUAUUAAACGAGGUGCAUGAGUUUGUGGUGGAAGCUGUGCAGCGGUACUCAAAGAACGCAACGUUGCAAAUCGCAGGGCUCAGCUGUUUAGCGCUCCUCACUGAGACCAUUUUUUUAAAUCAAGACUUAGAGGUAAAGAAUGAAAACGAGGAGAAUGAAGAUGAUGAGGAAGAAGAUAAAUUGUUUUGGCUAGAAGCCUGUUACAAAGCCCUAACUUGGCAUAGAAAGAACAAGCAUGUGCAGGAGGCUGCCUGCUGGGCCUUAAACAAUCUCCUUAUGUACCAGAACAGUUUGCACGAGAAGAUCGGAGAUGAAGAUGGCCAGUUCCCAGCUCAUCGGGAAGUGAUGCUCUCCAUGCUGAUGCAUUCUUCAUCAAAAGAAGUCUUUCAGGCAUCUGCGAACGCUUUGUGCACCCUUCUAGAACAAAAUGUUAAUUUCAGAAAAAUCCUGUUGUCAAAAGGAAUCUACCUGAACGUGCUGGAGUUGAUGAAGAGGCAUCUACACUCCCCUGAAGUGGCUGAAAGUGGCUGCAAAAUGCUGAACCAUCUUUUUGAAGGAAGUAACGUUUCCCUGGAUGUAAUGGCAGCAGUGGCCCCCAAAAUAAUAACAGUUAUGAAAAGUCACGGGGCAUCAUUGUCAGUGCAGCUGGAGGCUCUUCGAGCCAUUUUACAUUUCCUGCUUCCAGGCAUGCCAGAGGAAGUCACAGAAGAUACCGAAUAUAAACACAAGCUAAAAAUUGUUACAAAUCAGUGUUUCAGGAAUGAUAUUCACAAACUGGUCCUGGGAUCUUUAAACAGGUUCAUUGGAAAUCCUGGGAUUCAAAAAUGUGGAUUAAAAGUAAUUUCUUCUAUAGCACGUUUUCCUGAUGCCUUAGAGGUGUUAUCUCUGGAAGGUGCUAUUGAAUCGGUGCUGCAAACACUGAAGAUGUAUCCGGAUGACCAAGAAAUUCAGCGUCUGGGUUUAAGUCUUAUAGGAUGCUUGAUUACAAAGAAGAAUUUAAUCCUAGGAAUUGAGAAUCCGCUGGCAAAAAUUCUGGUUUCCAGUUUGCAACGAUUUAAGGAUAUUACUGAAUUACAGACUAAAGGAUUUCAGACAGUCUUGACCGUGCUGGAAUGUUCAGAGUCUUUUUCCAAGCUGUUGGUGCAUUAUUCCUUUGACUUAGUAAUAUUCCAUCAGAUGUCCUCCAGUCUCAUGGAACAGAAGGAUCAACAGUUUCUAAGCCUUUGUUGCAAGUGCUUUGCAAAAUUAGCCAUGGAUGAUGAGUUAAAAGGUGUGAUGCUAGAGAGAGCAUGCGAUCAGAAUAACAGCAUCAUGGUUGAAUGCUUGCUUCUGCUGGGAGCAGACGCCAAUCGAGCAAAGGAGGGAACUUCUUUAAUUUGUCAGGUGUGUGAAAAAGCAAGCAGUCCUAAACUGGUGGAACUGUUACUGAAUAGUGGGUCCCAUGAACAAGACGUACGGAAAGCGCUGGCAAUAAGCAUCGGGAAAGGCGACAGCCAGAUCAUCAGUUUGCUGUUAAAGAGACUUGCCCUGGAUCUGGCCAACAACAGCAUAUGCCUCGGCGGAUUCUGUAUCGGGAAAAUCGAACCUUCUUGGCUUGGUCCUUUAUUUCCAGACAAGACAUGUAAUUCAAGAAAAGAAAUAAAUAUAGGAUCCACACUAGCGAGAAUGGUCCUCAGAUACCAGACGAAAAGUUCUGUGGCAGAGGGAGCAGCCUCAGGCAGCAAUGGGGAUUUUUCUGAGCAAGUACUUGAUAAAUUUGACCAAUGGACCUUCAUUCCUGAGUCCUACGUGGACAGUGUGUUUGGACAAAGUGAUGACCUAGAUAGCGAAGGAAGUGAAGGUUCAUUUCUUGUGAAAAAGAAGUCAAGUUCGAUUAGUGUAGGAGAAUUUUACCGAGAUCCUGCCUUGCAACGUUGUUCACCAAAUUUGCAAAGUCAUUCCAGUUCACUGAUAACCAUUUGCCCAGCUAAAUUAUCCACUUAUAUUUCCAUUGUUUGUCUGCUUUUGACAAAAGGGUCAUCAAAACUUCCAUCCCAUAUGAGGCAUUCAGACAGCACUUCUUCCCUGGCUUCUGAGAGAGAAUAUAUUACAUCCCUAGAUCUUUCAGCCAACGAACUCAGAGAUAUUGAUGCCCUAAGCCAGAAGUGCUGCAUCAGUGGUCAUCUGGAGCACCUGGCAAGGCUGGAGCUUCACCAGAACGCACUCACGGGCUUCCCACAGCGGCUAUGUGAAGUGCUGAAGUGUUUGACGCACUUGGACUUGCACAGUAAUAAGUUCACAGCGUUUCCCUCCUACUUGUUGAAAAUGAAUUGUAUUGCCAACCUUGAUGUCUCUCGAAAUGACAUUGGGCCCUCGAUAGUUUUGGAUCCUGCAGUGAAGUGUCCGACCUUGAAACAGUUCAACCUGUCAUAUAACCAGCUCUCUUCUGUUCCCGAGAACUUGGGCGAUGUGGCAGAGAAACUGGAGCAGCUGACUUUAGAAGGAAAUAAAAUAUCAGGAAUGUGUUCUCCCCUGAGCCUGAAGGAACUGAAGAUUUUAAAUCUGAGUAAAAACAACAUUUCAUCCCUGUCAGAGGACUUUCUUGAGGCUUGUCCUAAAGUGGAGAGUUUCAGCGCCAGAAUGAACUCCCUUGCUGCUAUGCCUUUUUUACCUUCUUCUAUGACAAACAUCAAAUUAUCUCAAAACAGAUUUACGUGUGUUCCAGAAGCAAUUUUAAAUCUUCCACACUUGCGAUCAUUAGACAUGAGCAGCAACGAAAUUAAAUACCUACCAAGUCCUGCACACUGGAAAUCUUUGAACUUAAGGGAACUCUUGUUUAGUCAUAAUCAGAUCAGCAUCUUGGACUUGAGCGAAAAAGCACAUGCAUGGUCUAGAGUAGAGAAACUACAUCUUUCUCAUAAUAAACUGAAAGAGAUUCCUCCUGAGAUUGGCUGUCUUGAAAACCUGACAUCUCUUGAUGUUAGUUACAACUUGGAACUGAGAUCCUUUCCCAAUGAAAUGGGGAAAUUGAGCAAAAUAUGGGAUCUUCCUUUGGAUGAGCUGCGUCUUAAUUUUGAUUUUAAGCAUAUAGGAUGUAAAGCCAAAGACAUCAUAAGGUUUCUUCAACAGCGGUUAAAAAAGGCUGUGCCCUAUAACCGCAUGAAACUUAUGAUUGUGGGAAACACGGGGAGUGGUAAAACCACCUUACUGCAGCAAUUAAUGAAAACCAAGAAAUCAGAUGCUGAGAUGCAGAGUGCCACCGUUGGCAUAGACGUGAAGGACUGGCCUAUCCAAAUAAGAGGCAAAAGGAAGAAAGACCUGAUUCUAAAUGUGUGGGAUUUCGCAGGUCGGGAGGAAUUCUACAGCACGCACCCGCACUUCAUGACCCCACGAUCCCUGUACCUCGCCGUCUAUGACCUCAGCAAAGGACAGGCGGAAGUUGAUGCUAUGAAGCCUUGGCUAUUCAAUAUAAAGGCUAGAGCUUCCUCUUCCCCUGUGAUUCUUGUGGGCACACAUUUGGAUGUUUCUGAUGAGAAGCAGCGCAAAGCCUGCAUCAGUAAAAUCAACAAGGAGCUCUUGAACAAGCGGGGGUUUCCCGCAAUCCGCGAUUACCACUUUGUGAACGCCACCGAGGAAUCCGAUGCUUUGGCAAAACUUCGGAAAACCAUCAUAAAUGAGAGCCUCAAUUUCAAGAUCCGAGAUCAGCCUGUUGUUGGGCAGCUGAUUCCAGACUGCUAUGUAGAACUUGAGAAAAUCAUUUUAUCGGAGCGUAAAAAUGUGCCAAUUGAAUUUCCUGUAAUUGACCGGAAACGAUUAUUACAACUCGUGAAAGAAAAUCAACUGCAGUUAGAUGAAAAUGAGCUUCCUCAUGCAGUGCACUUCCUAAAUGAAUCAGGGGUCCUUCUUCAUUUCCAAGACCCAGCACUGCAGUUAAGUAACUUAUAUUUUGUGGAACCCAAGUGGCUCUGUAAAGUCAUGGCACAGAUUUUGACAGAGAAAGUAGAAGGCGGUCCAAAAUAUCCUAAAGGAAUUAUUUCACGUAGAAGUGUGGAAAAAUUUCUUUCAAAGAAAAAGAGAUUUCCAAAGAACUACACACAACAGUACUUCAAACUCCUAGAAAAAUUUCAGAUUGCCUUGCCAAUAGGAGAAGAACAUUUGCUGGUUCCAAGCAGUCUGUCUGACCACAGGCCUGUGAUAGAGCUCCCCCAUUGUGAGAACUCUGAAAUUAUCAUUCGACUAUAUGAAAUGCCUUAUUUUCCAAUGGGAUUUUGGUCAAGAUUAAUCAAUCGAUUACUUGAAAUUUCACCUUACAUGCUUUCAGGUAGAGAACGAGCGCUUCGCCCAAACAGAAUGUAUUGGCGACAAGGCAUCUAUUUGAAUUGGUCUCCUGAAGCUUACUGCCUGGUAGAAUCUGAAGUCUUAGAUAAUCAUCCAGAGAGUUUCCUAAAAAUUACAGUUCCUUCUUGUAGAAAAGGCUGUAUUAUUUUGGGACAAGUUGUGGACCACAUUGAUUCUCUCAUGGAAGAAUGGUUUCCUGGGUUAUUGGAGAUUGAUAUUUGUGGUGAAGGAGAAACUUUGUUGAAGAAAUGGGCAUUAUACAGUUUUAAUGAUGGCGAAGAACAUGAAAAAAUCUUACUUGAUGACUUGAUGAAGAAAGCAGAAGAAGGAGACCUCCUAGUAAAUCCAGAUCAACCAAGGCUCACCCUUCCAAUAUCCCAGAUUGCUCCUGACUUGAUUUUGGCUGACCUGCCUAGAAAUAUUAUGUUGAACAGUGAAAAAUUGGAGUUUGAACAAGCUCCCGAAUUUCUCUUAGGUGAUGGCAGUUUUGGAUCAGUUUAUCGAGCAACCUACGAAGGAGAUGAAGUGGCUGUAAAGAUAUUUAAUAAACAUACAUCACUUAGACUGUUAAGACAGGAGCUGGUGGUGCUUUGCCACCACCGCCACCCCAGCUUGGUCUUUUUGCUGGCGGCUGGGAUUCGUCCCCGGAUGCUGGUGAUGGAGCUGGCCCCCAAGGGCUCCCUGGACCGCCUGCUGCAGCAGGACACAGCCAGCCUCACGCGGACUCUGCAGCAUAGGAUCGCGCUCCAUGUGGCUGACGGCUUGAGAUACCUCCACUCGGCCAUGAUUAUAUACCGGGAUCUGAAGCCCCACAAUGUACUGCUCUUCACCCUGUAUCCCAAUGCCGCCAUCAUUGCCAAGAUCGCUGACUACGGGAUUGCUCAGUACUGCUGCAGGAUGGGCAUCAAAACCUCGGAGGGCACACCAGGCUUUCGUGCACCUGAAGUUGCUAGAGGAAAUGUAAUUUAUAACCAACAGGCUGAUGUUUAUUCAUUUGGUUUACUACUGUAUGACAUUUUGACAACUGGAGGUAGAAUAGCAGAGGGUUUGAAGUUUCCAAAUGAGUUUGAUGAAUUGGCAAUACAAGGCAAAUUACCAGAUCCAGUUAAAGAAUAUGGUUGUGCCCCGUGGCCUAUGGUUGAGAAGUUAAUUAAAAGCUGUUUAAAAGAAAAUCCUCAAGAAAGGCCUACAUCUGCCCAGGUCUUUGACAUUUUGAACUCGGCGGAGUUAAUCUGUCUGAUGAGACACAUACCCAUUCCCAAAAGCUUCACUGUGGAGUGCAUGGUUGCUGCAAACCAGAGCUGCAAGAAUGCCAGCAUCUGGCUGGGCUGCGGGCCCAGGGACAGAGGCCAACUCUCCCUUCUUGACUUAACUACUGAAAGACUUACUUCGGAGGAAGUUACCAAUAGCAGAAUACUGUGCCUCACCUUGGUGCACCUGCCUGUGGAAAAGGAAAGUUGGAUUGUGUCUGGGACACAGUCCGGCGAGCUCCUCGUCAUUAAUUCCGAAGAUGGGAAAAAGAUGCAUACCCUUGAAAAGAUGACCGAUUCUGUUACUUGCUUGCAUUGCAAUUCCAUUUCCAAACAAAGGUACACUAGUAAAUUUGACCACUGGGAUAGAAGAAAAAUGAAUAGUAGUGACCUUCUUUUUUCCCCUCCUAGGUUUUCUUAUGCAGCUGUCAGUGACUCCAACAUCAUAGCAGUGGUGGCGGACAGGGUUCUCUACAUUGCUAAGAAAAAUAGCCCAUUUGUGGAAGUGUGGGAUAAGAAAACGGAAAAACUCUGUGAACUAAUAGACUGUGCGCACUUUUUAAAGGAGGAAAUGGUGGAAGUGAACAAGGAGUCCAAACACAAUAUGUCUUACUCGGGGAGAGUGAAAACUCUCUGCCUUCAGAAGAACAGUGCUCUCUGGAUUGGAACCGGGGGAGGCUACAUGCUACUCCUUGACCUUUCGACUCUCAGGCUCAUCCGUAUAAUUCACGACUUCUGUGACUCUGUCCGAGUCAUGAUGACAGCGCAGAUAGGAAACCUUAAAAAUGCCAUGUUGGUUUUGGGAUAUACCUGGAAAAAUACUGAAGAUAUGCAACACCAAAAAGAAUUACAAUCUUGCUUGUCUAUUUGGGACAUCAAUCUUCCACAUGAAGUGCAAAAUUUAGAAAAACAUAUUGAAGUGAGAAAAGAAUUAGCUGAAAGAAUGAGAAGAAUAACUGUUGAAUAAGAGGGAUAUCACAUAUUUUUAUCUUUGGAUGGGAAAAUUAAUCUCUUCUCUUGUAAAUACUUCUUUAAAAAAUGUUUACAUAUGAAAAGGGUAUUCCCACUUUUUGAAGUAGCUCAUGUGUAUAUGAAGGAAUGUUUAUAUGUUUUAUUUUAAAGGUAAAUAUUGUAAAAAUAGUUGCCAUUGAAAAAGAUCUAUUUAAAAUGUAAUA